AUGGGCAUCAAACAUCUGUACCAAGUGAUUUCCGAAAACGCCCCUGAUGCUAUCAAGACUGGGGAAAUCAAGAACCAUUUCGGCAGAAAGGUCGCCAUUGACGCAUCUAUGAGCAUUUACAGCUUUCUCAUUGCGGUGCGCUCAGAUGGCCAGCAGCUGAUGAGCGAAACGGGCGAGACGACGUCACAUCUCAUGGGCAUGUUCUACCGCACACUACGAAUGGUGGACAACGGCAUCAAACCAUUAUACGUGUUCGACGGCGCGCCGCCGAAAAUGAAGGGUGGCGAGUUGGCAAAGAGAACUGCUCGGAAGCGGGAAGCACACGAGGCUCAUGAGGAAGCCAAGGAGACGGGUACGGCAGAAGACAUGGAAAAGUUUUCGCGGCGAACUGUGCGUGUGACGAGAGAACACAAUGACGAGUGUAAAAAACUAUUGAAGUUGAUGGGGAUUCCCUACAUUAAUGCGCCCACGGAAGCUGAGGCGCAAUGUGCGGUGCUCGCUCGCGCUGGUAAAGUUUACGCUGCUGCGUCGGAAGAUAUGGACACGCUGUGCUUCGAAUCGCCUAUUCUACUCCGUCACCUUACCUUUAGCGAACAGAGAAAGGAACCGAUUCAGGAGAUUCAUUUGAACAAGACGCUUGAGGGCCUAGACAUGGAUCGCAAGCAGUUCAUCGACUUGUGCAUACUUUUGGGCUGCGAUUAUGUCGAGCCCAUCCCUAAAGUUGGUCAUCACACAGCUUUGAAGCUGAUUCGCGAGCAUGAGACGUUGGAAAAGGUAGUCGAGUUUAUUGAAAACGAUCCCAAGAAAAAGUACACGAUCCCGGAAGAUUGGCCGUACAAAGAAGCGCGCGAGCUUUUUUUCAAUCCAGAUGUGCGUGAUGCCAGCGACCCAGAAUGCGAUUUCAAAUGGGAGAACCCCGAUGUCGAGGGCUUGGUCGACUACCUGGUCAAGGACAAGGGCUUCAGCGAAGAUCGGGUCCGGAACGCGGCGGCUCGGCUGCAGAAGAACCUGAAAACGGCACAACAAGCUCGUCUCGAGGGGUUCUUCAAGCCCGUCGCAAAGUCCGAACAGGAGAAGGCCAGCUUGAAGCGCAAGCAUGACGAAAAGAUUGAAGAGCAGAAGAAGCGCAAGAAGGAGGAUCUGAAAGCAAAGAAAGAAGCCAAGGCGCGACCGCGCGGCGCUGUCUGA